AUGUACCACCCGCACGUUCGUUUGCAUCACAACUUUAAAGUGUUGUCCUUAAACAAAAAGGCAAUGGAGGAGUCGAAGAAAUACAAGAGGAUGGGAACGAAGCAGACGAUGAAUAAGAAGAAGAAGAAGAACAACAGAACGAGUCAUGGAUCCGGGUUGCUCCAAAUGAAGGUGAGGAGGCUCCAAAUACUGAUACCGGGAGGGGUAAGAUGCAACCACCCGGAUCUGCUUUUAUUAAAGACAGUUGAUUAUAUUGUGCAUUUGAAGGUGAAGCUAAGGUUCCUUAAAGCACUCUCCGAUAUGUACUCUCUUUAAACAUCGUAAAAACUCGAAACAUUCUUCUUAUUCUCGAUCGUCCUCAGUACUAUAUCGCUAUGACGCUAUGAUGUCAAAAUUUUAAUAUUCCGUUUAUGGAUUUAUCAUUUGUAGACUUUCUUUGUCGUUUUUAUUACCUUCUUUGAUA